AGGGAGCGCCCGUCCUGCCCGCCGGCCCCGGGGCGCCCGGCCGCCAUGUGAGAGCGGCGGGCCCGCGGCGGAGCCCGUCCCCGGGGCGGCGGGGCCGCACCGCCUGCGGCCGCCGCGCUGUGGGCUCGGCAGCUCUGCGGAGCCCAGCGGGCAGCAACAAGCCCAAGCCGCCCCGGCCGCCCGCCCGCAGCCCCGCCAUGGGAGCCGGGCGCGGGCAGAGCCGAGCCGGGCCGAGCCGCCGCCGGGGCUGAGCGCGGCGCCAGCGCAGGGACUGUGGCUUUACGAAGCGCUUCCCUCCGAUGUGAAUGCAGUGUCCCCUGUGGGAUGCAGUAGGUGAUGCCCAGCUCUACUGCAAUGGCAAUUGGAGCUUUCUCUAGUUCUCUUCUCGUAACCUGCUGCCUCAUGGUUGCCCUCUGUAGCUCCACCGUUCCCGUACAAAAACUGGCCAAGGCUCAAGACAAACAGGAGAUAAAGGCGAGCCAGGAAAAGAGAGAUCACACGUCUACAAGGGACAGCCAGACGGGUCCAGGGAAAAUGAAUGAGAUCGGCAGGAGCGGGAGGGAGGAGGGUGGCAGGGACUGGAAGAGCAAAGGAAACAGGAACUACUCGAACAAGGAGUCUUGGACUAAGCAAAAGCAGGCUUGGAGCAGCCAGGGGACAAGCAGUAAAUCCGGGAGCAUUCAAGUGCAAGAGCAGAGGGAUGCUGCUCCCGAGGAACCUCAGGUGGCUGAAGAUUCCUCUCUGCCAGCCUCUGUUGCGAGCGCCACUGCCGAGCCCCCGGAGGAGUACGCGUACCCGGACUACCGCGGCAAGGGCUGCGUGGACGAGAGCGGCUUCGUCUACGCCAUCGGCGAGAAGUUCGCGCCGGGCCCCUCGGCCUGCCCGUGCCUCUGCACCGAGGAGGGCCCGCUAUGUAUCCAGCCCGAGUGCCCCAGGCUCCACCCUCGCUGCAUCCAUGUGGACACCACGCAGUGCUGUCCGCAGUGCAAGGAGAGGAAGAACUACUGCGAGUUCCGAGGGAAAACCUACCAGACCCUGGAGGAGUUCAUGGUUUCUCCGUGCGAGAGGUGUCGCUGCGAGGCCAAUGGCGAGGUGCUGUGCACGGUGUCAGCCUGUCCCCAGACCGAGUGCGUGGAUCCCGUGUACGAGCCUGACCAGUGCUGCCCCAUCUGCAAAAAUGGCCCGAACUGCUUUGCAGAAACCCUGGUGAUUCCAGCAGGCCGGGAGGUGAAAACUGACGAGUGCACUAUAUGUCACUGUACUUAUGAAGAAGGCACGUGGAGGAUUGAACGGCAAGCCAUGUGCACUAGACAUGAAUGCAAGCAAAUAUAGGAAACCUACAAAUCUACAGACUUUUCGUGGUUUUUAUAAAGUAUCCCACAGCAGUGAGCACCUGAGAUGACCCAGGGAAAUCCAAAUGAGAAGAUUCUGGCGAGGAGCAAGAAAUACAAUACUGAUAUUUUGUUUUUCAAAGUAACAUAAUACUGCAAGGCAAAGAAGUGCAUAUAUUUAAAACAUUUGGACAUAAGAAUACCUGUCUUAAAUGUGUUAUUUUCACAGUGAGUACACUUAAAUACACUAUAAAAUAUUCUAUGUAUUUCUAUAAUACCAUUAUAGAGCUUAAAAAUAAAUGUUUUAUAUAGACAAUACAGAUUGAAGUACUGUAGCAUUGCCUCUCCUCUUGUAUACAUGCGCCAUGGCUAAAACUAUACACUUUGUUCCAGUUUUGCUAUAUGAAGAUUUUAUUGUGUGUUUUUUGGUUUUGUUUUGGGUUUGGGGUUUUUUUGCUGUUGCUUAUUUUGAGUUUAUUGGGGCAGGCAAGAGAUAGCACAUGAGAAAGCCUUGACAUUCUCCAUUUUGGAAAAAAGAGGAGAAGAAUAGGCUUUCAGAGAAGAUAUGUUCAUUUAUGAACAUAAAUGGGCUGUAAUGUAGAUGUGAGUCAGCUCCAUAUCUUACUUUUACUUGUGCUCCUGUCUUCUGAUCCACUGCCAAGAUGACUUGGAGCAGUGGGUAAUGUGAAACUGGUCUCUCAUAGCUGCUACUAUAAAUUUAUUCAGAUUAAUUCAGUUCUUAAUAUUCAUUUCAGACAUAAAAUUUAUCAGCAGGACAGAUACGGCUGUGACAGAUUAUGGCAUCACCAAGCUGGUGGAAGUGACGGUAAGUAAUCACAGAGCAUCAUGAUGUGAUGCAUAAUGGAUAUGGAGAAGUGCAGCUUGGGAGGGCUACAGCAGCCAAACAAACCUUCACUGAUGUGGCUCCACAUUGCUGAGUUUGAGCAGGAGAGCUGCACCAUUCCCUAGCCCUGCUCUUGCCACCUUGUUGGAAGCUGGUUCAAUAUUCUGUUUGGCAGAGUGUACAGAAUCUGUACACACUCUCUAUUGAAGUGAAAGGUUUAAAACUCUGUCUUUGAAUCCAUCAGAGGAUUUCUAGCACAUAAUCUGACCAUGCCUGCAUGGGAGGUGAAUUACAUCUCCCCGCUUCAGCCACCAACAGCCUUUGCUUAAAUUCAUUUCAGUUUUAGUUUAGUUUGUCACCAAAUCCAACAAUAUAUCUGUUUUGGAUACCUACUAAGGCAGUGACUCAAGAAGUAUGGAUUUACUUUUAAGCUUUUACUGGUGGCAAGAUUUGAUGAAUAAAUUUCUGAAACCAGAAGAUUAUUGCUUAAAUUCCCACUUACUCUUUGUUAAUUUCUCCUAUGGUGUAACCUGCUUGCACCUUUGCAUCCAUACAAAGUAUGACUUUCUGCUGCUUCUGAACAUUGAGGAACUUUUGCCACUGACUUCAGUGGAUCCCAGUUAUCACCUAUGUCCUUAUUUUGAGCAUAUUUCUAUCACUGUAAGUUAUUUGUGAGUAAAGGAUGUAUGUUUUGUCUAAAACUUGUGAUAAAGUAUACCAACCAAUCCAUUUCAUAGGAGUCAGCAGUCAUAUGACAGAGAGCUAGCUCCUGAGCCAGUCAGACCCAUGCCUCAUGGCUAUUGGACUUCUGCUUGCUGAAAUCAAAUAUCAGCACAGCUCUGAGAGAGUGCCAUGAGUGCCAGUGGUCUUCCAUGAAUGACUUCCCAAGACAAGUGGAAGAACGCAUUUGGGAAGCAGCCAUGAAACUUGAGUAGAGAAGGUGAACUUGCAGCUCAACGUGGAAUUGCCUUUUCAAGUGGGCUGCCUGGUGACUCUAAGAGACAUAUGUGUUUUCAGUGAACUGUGAGAAACUCACAGUUUAUGUCUUUCAAUGUAUGGCCAAAAUGAGUAAAUUUUUGGAAUUCUCACCUCAGACUAGUAACACAUUGCUUCUUUACUGAAGGUUCUUGUGAAGCCUUAGACCAUUUCUGAGGGGAAUUUCUGUUCUUUUAGGCAGUUCUCUUUGUUGAAGUAGUGAGUAUAAAGUUAAAGGCUUAGUUUCUAGUGUAGCUUUUAUAAAUGUUUUCUAUUGUGCAUUUUUUCAAAAAUAUUUUUCUGUCUUUCAAUCCUGGUACCAACAUAUUAAUGUCAUUUUCACUGUAGUAAUAGGAUGGUCCUUUCGAUUGCAUGUGAAACUUCCCAGGCAUGUUCAUCUUGACAUCCAGCACUGCGAGUUGUUGCUUAAAGAAGUUAUAUUUUGAGUUAUAUAAUGUUUUUUUGUUUGUGAGAAGCAAACUUCAGGUAUUUUUAGGUUUUUUUUUCUUUUUAUGGAGUGAUGUAGAAGUUAUUCUGAGUUUUUGACCUUCUUUAUGCCUAGAUCACUGGCCACAUCCAGCUUUGGCCUGUAGUAUUACCACAUGAGGGUUCUUUGGUUAUUCCUGAGAUGGGGAAAUGGGCUGAGUGACUCUUUCUAGGCAGAUCUUACUAGUCUUGCCCAGUUGCCACACAGUGUGCUGUGGGAUAACCCCAACAGAGAGCUAAGCACCACAUGGCCACUCACUCCCCAACUGCCCACCCAUGUGGAAUGGUGGAAAAUAAAGGAAGAAUAAAAGCAAGAAAACUCCUGGGUCAAGGUGAAAAUAACUAAAUAAAAAGAGAAAAGAGAGAACAAAGAAGCAUCAAAAAAAGCAUGGCAAUUGCAAACACUCACCACCUCCCAUGGGCAGACCUGUGGCCUGAGCAAAAGAUAGCCUCAACCUCAUUCUUCAUUUCACUGCUGAUCAGAGCACUAUAGGGCAUGAAACAUCUCUUUGGUUACUUCGUUCUGAUCACCUGCUGGUUUUGAGCCCUCCCAAGCCCUAACCUACCCCAUUCUACUCACAGAGGAUGAGUGAGAAGCAGAGAAGACCUUGGCGCUGUGCAUGUCCUGUUCAGCAAUAGCCAAAACACUCGUGUGUUUCAGCAUUGCUUUGGUCAUAGGCCUAAACCACAGCAUCCUACUGCCUAAACCACAGCAUCCUACUGCCUAUUAGGGAGAGUAAUUCCAUCCCAGCCUGUGGUAGUUCUGCUAGCAAUUCCAUACAGGCACAGAGGCAAACACACCAAAAGACCCCAAAAUCCAGACUCCAACCAGUGAAUGCACCAAGCAGCAGGGGCCUUUGGCAGCCAAGCUGGGGAGCUGAGAUUUGCAGCCUGAUGUAUAAUGUCACUUCACACAGACAGGUUUAAAAUUUUCUUGUUAUUGGAGUUGAUAAGGAAACUAGGAGAAGUAAAAUAUUUAAAGUUAGCCAUUAUGCGAUGCUUUUGGGAACCAUUUGCCUUUAAACUAAUUUAAUCUCAAGGCAAUAAAAUAACAACCCCAGAACUGCUGUGGUGGCCACAUGUACCAAUCUAAAUGUUAUGCUUUGAUUAUGUAAUAUACCUGUUCAUGUGUAACCUUAAAAAGUAAGAGAAAAGUCAUCUGCAUCAUUUCCAGUGAACUAAACUCCAUUGAAUAUUGUCUUCCCUACUGAGGCCUAGAUACUCGGCUGGUUUUUGCUUCAGUGCAAACAGGAUUAUGCAUCCUGCACAUGAGGAGUUCUUCAGCUUUGCAGGUGGGUUGUGUCUAUUAAAGCUGUAUUUCCAGACACACUAACAACUCAUGAAUAAUUUUGUAUUUGAAGGUCUGUUUCUUGGAUAAUGAAUAUUCUCAGAUGUUCUCAUGUAGCUGCAUUGGCAUGAAUAUGAGAUUUCUGCUUCACUUGCUUCUGCUUAUUUCCCAGUUGAAAUCAAGACAAUCCAUUUCUGUAGGAGUGCAUUAUACAUGAACUUGUCUUCCAACCUAUGUAAGCAGGUGCCUGAAGAGAUUGCAUUCUAGAUUAUUUCAGGUAAUUAUAAAAUUGCACAGUUAGCGUGCAGUAGGAUUCUCUAUUCUAAUCAUUUAAGCCACAAAAAUGGAAGAGCUGAUACUCAAAUAUUAUGUGAGAUUUAAAAGGCAAAAGGCGAAAAAGAGAAAGUAUGAAAGACAGAUGAGCUGGGCAUUACAAUAGGAGUGUCCAACAACAACAAAAAAAACCAAACAUACAUUUUCAAAGAAUAUGAUAAGAAAAGUAAAUGAGAAAGGUAUUUGGGCACAAAUUGAAAUACAAAAAAUUCUACUUGGCAAUAAAAAAAAAAUCACACAGUGAAGGUGAAUGAAUACUGGAGGAUGCUGCGAGGAUGGCCAAAUUCCAACUGGGCGCAGCCCUGAGCAGCCUGCUGUAGCUGAACUUGCACUCAGCAGGGUAUUGGAUGGGAUGCUCUCCAGAGGUGCAAAAUUAAAAACCAGGUUCAAAUGAGAUUGAAUUAAAGUCUUUAAUACAUACAAGAAAGAAAAAGAUAAGAUGAAAGGUUCCCUCACUUUGGAAAACAGGUGUUCUGUUUCCAUAUGGGGAACUGUACUGUCAUGCUUGUGAACUAUUUGAUGUUACUUUUGACAGUAACUUUAAUACCAAAGUUAUCAUAGCUCAGUGAUACAUAGAGGGCUUUUAAAGGCACACAUUAUUUAAGAAUCUAAUGUAAUCCAAUUAAAUGCUCCAUUUAUUCCCCUUAUCAGGCAAUGAGUUUUCUUCACAGCCUGUGUUAACAUGGGUUUUCUCUCUGCAAAAAUACAACUUCCUACUGCAUUAAAAACCAAACUCAAACUUGGGAGACAGCACUGAAUAUCACAGACUAUUUUCCUCACUAUCCAAGAUUUCAAAAUUUUCAUCACUUUUUGGUUAAGGUAAGUACUGCUUUAGAAAGUACAUCACUUGUUCAGUUUUGACAGCCACUCCUUCCCACAUUUCUCUUUCCUUUGAAAAUAUAUUUAGGCUCAGCCACACUGAAAAUGAAAAGUUGUAGUCUCUUGAAAUGUCACUUUAAAUAACUUCCAUAGCAGACAAAAAAUAAACACAAUUUAUUUAUUUAAUAUGCCUGUAAAAGAAAUACAGGAAAACUCCAAACUAUUGUGUCACUCAGUAGUUACAGAGAAGUGGAAAUAAUGAUACAGAAUACUAAAUUAUCAGCAAUAGGAAAAAGUUCUUUUCUCAGCUAAAUCAGCAUAAAACAAGAGUUUUUCAGAUGCCCAGGUAAACACUGUUAAAACUGAGAUAAGUAUUUCUUCCACAGGUAGAAAUAAUAAAGUCUCUGUACUUGACUACAGUCGGUGAAUGAGAGGGAACAUUCACAAAUCCUGGUGUAAAGUGCCUUUGAUCAUAGUAGCCAGAAUUAAAGACAAAGCUUUAUUGAUAACCAUUUACUUUGCUUUUUCCAGUAAAUCCUAAAGGUUGUGCAAACCUUGUGAAAGAAGGUGAAUUUCACCUGUCAGGAAGACCAACUCCCACUAUCUCUACACUCUGUGAAAAUCCAUAAAUGCGUGCAUGGAGAAGAAAUUCAAUAUUCCAGUGUGUAUAAUACUCCAGUGAAAAAUACAUCCAUUUUAUUUUUCUCUCUCAAAGUAUAGAUGAAAAUCUAUGAAUGUCUUUAAUUGAUGAAAACAUCUGCCAACUAGAGCUUUCCAUUUCUGAUAUAAAGGAAUGCAAAUUAUAAAAAUGUCAAGGUGCUGCUUAACCUAGAUGGCUAUUUCCUUAAAUAGCUGCAUCCAUUUCAGAGGAAAAUUCUCCAAUUGGUUUGCUAUCCACAGCUCAGUAAGGUCCAUGUGCUGUAUUACUUGUUACAGUUCUGUUUAACAAAAUCAAAGUCUGUAUUUUCACAAAAGCAAUACUGUAUGUGAUGAUUUCUUGUUAGCCACUGCUAAUUCAAAUGAAUUCUAACUAAUUCAGUGCUGUUGUGAGUGAGAAAUCAUGGAGAUAACACAGACAUGCAGUGCUUCUACCUAAUGUAACAACUCAGUGGUCUGUUCAAUUCUGGUGAUCACAAGAGGAAUAAGGAAUAGGUGGCCUUUAGUCAUUCCAAGGGUUACAGUAAAAGACAGUUCCAUUUCUUAAAUGCCAAACAUUUUGUAAUGUUCUUUCCCAGGUAUUUAUUUUCAAAUGGCAUUUAAUAAAAAGAGCUAUUUUA